CAAAUCUGGUUUUGUUUGUCAUCUGCAUAUUACCAGGAACUAAAUCCAGGAUGACGUCGCCUGAGUAUAAAAAAGGGAAGAGGUUCGGAUGGAUUAUACUCCGUGCAGCCCUCCGGGCUGAGAUCAGUAAACAGGCGCGAGUCGAGGGGGGAAAGUUCCAGGGGUGGAUCCUGCGCACACACACACACACACACACGCAUACGCAUGCACACGCACACACACUCUGCCCGAUCUCUGCCCUCAGAAAAAGCUCCGCUCUUUUCUCUCCGAUCCCUUUCCAAAAUUUCUCCCGAAAGUUUCGAUUUCGCGUCUCUCCAGCUUCUCCCCUCCCCUCCACCACCACCACCACUGCCGCCGCAGCCUCCGGCAGCACCUCCCUCCCCCGGCCGGUCCCCGGCCCGCGUUGUGGCAUGCCUGCGAGCAUGUUCAGCAUCGACAACAUCCUGGCGGCCAGACCUCGCUGCAAGGACUCGGUGUUGCUGCCCCCGAGCGCCGCGCCCGUCGUCUUCCCCAGCCUGCACGGGGACUCCCUCUACGGCUCUGCCUCCGACUACGGAGGAUUUUACUCCCGGGCUGUUGCUCCCGGCUCGGCGCUGCCGGCGGUCGGCGGCUCCCGCCUGGGCUACAACAACUACUACUACGGGCAGCUGCAUGUGCCCGCGUCUCCCGUGGGCCCGUCGUGUUGCGGGGCCGUGCCGCCGCUGGGGGCCCAGCAGUGCUCCUGCGUGCCCCCCGCAGGUAAGGGAGCGCUCGGGGGGGACGGGGAAGAGUGGGCUCUCUUCGUCGUGGAGCGACGGUCUCACGCACGAAGCCUCCCGUCGUCUCGUCUGUCUGUUCGUAGGUUACGAGGGCGCUGGGUCGGUGCUGAUGUCCCCUGUUCCCCAUCAGAUGUUGCCCUACAUGAACGUAGGCACUUUGUCCCGGACGGAGCUGCAGUUACUCAACCAGCUGCACUGCCGGCGGAAAAGACGGCACCGGACUAUCUUCACCGACGAGCAGCUCGAAGCGCUGGAGAACCUCUUCCAGGAAACGAAAUAUCCGGACGUGGGCACCAGGGAACAGCUGGCGAGGAGGGUGCACUUAAGAGAGGAAAAAGUGGAGGUUUGGUUCAAAAACCGCCGGGCGAAAUGGAGGAGGCAAAAACGGUCGUCUUCCGAGGAGUCGGAAAAUGCACAAAAAUGGAAUAAAGCGUCUAAAACGUCUCCGGAGAAGAGGCAAGAAGAUGGGAAAAGUGAUUUGGACUCCGACAGCUGAUGCCGCGAAGGGGGACGCUCCCCGUGGACUGUAGGAUACGCUCCGGAGGAUGCUACUAUCUUGCACAAGCUCUGCCUUGUCGGAGGGGGAAACUAUCUGUAUAUAAUGUACAAUACCCCGAGUCGAUUUCGUGUAAAUAAAAUGUGUUGCAGAGGUGUUGCACAGG